GACAGCCGACAACAAAUGAUCAACCAGUGCGAGCGGACGGCGAGCGAAACCCGUUUUCAUACUGGAGCGAGCACCGCUCCCGCGACAUUUUUGUGGGCUGAAAUAACUUGGCGAACCCGAGUCGAGUCGAGUCUUAGUCGAUUCGAGGCAAAGUCGAGUCGAGUCGGACCGGGGCUGGGGCUGGUGCUGAGCUUAACUGAAUUGAAUAGUCAGUUGCAUCGGGGCUCUUACUUGCUGGAUACCACCAAGCGCAAGAAACUCAAAUCACGGAGCAGCGUGGGUGCGUCAGCGUCCACUCCGACCACAACGACAGCUCCCUCGCACACGAAUCGAGGCGGUGCCAGUUCCAGUGCCAGUGCGAACAAAAGUAAUGGAACGGGCCCAAACUAUUCCAAGGAUCAUCUAGAUGCCUGGCUGGAGAAUUGCCUUAGAGAUGCUACCAAUGCCCAGCUGUCGUCAUCCUCCGAAUUCCUCGAUUUUACUCCGCCCACAGCAACGGCUAAUAAGCAAAUCUUUGUGACUCAGGCGGCAGCUCAGCAGCAACAACAACAACAGCAGCAACAACAACAACAACAGCAGCAGCAACAACAACAACAGCAACAACCACAGCAACAGCAAUUCCUCAUGCGCUCCCAUUCACAGCCCUAUAGCAUGGGCUCUGGCACGCCCUUCAGCUUGGGGAUUCAACGCCACUCGCAGGCGCUUAGCCAUCGAUAUCCGAUGCUCUUCCCGCCCCAGAGCUACCCUAAUGGCUAUGGCUAUGGCAUGGGCAUGGGCUAUGGCGGCGAUGGGGGGCAGGAGUUUGCCAGUCUGCCGCCCCUGGUCAAUAUGAUGGGAGGCGCGGGUGGCGGUGGCGGGGGCGCCACCUCCGAGCAUGAGCAGAACUCCACGGAUGUCCUGGACGGAAGCAAUCCAAACUUUAGCAGAGGAUUCCGAUUCAGCGAUCCCUGUCUGCUGAAUCCCUCAGACAACGACUCCAAGCUGAGUGGCCAGAACACACCCGACUGCCGCAAUGGCAACACCAACACCAACGACAGCGGCUGCGACCUGGCGCAGCAGAACAAGUUCUUUGCGGCGCUGAUGGAGCAAAUCAAUCUGCUGCACGAUACCAAUUCCAAGAUAUGCCGCAAUCUGCAUGAAACAAAAGUCGAUAUCGAAGCUUUGAAGCACGCGCCUAACGGCCAGGCCUGGGCGGGUGCUGGCCCUGCUGGCACUGGCACUGGCGCUGGCGCUGGGGGCAUGCGGCACCGUAGAGAUAGCUUGAGCGGAUUAAGCACACAAAGUCAGCCACUGGUGUUUGGCGGUGGAUUCGGUGGAACGCACAGUCCGGCGCCCACCUUUCAUUCAGGCGCCUAUACGCCCGGCAUGAUGACCGACGUGGUGCGCGAGGUCAAGGAGGCUGCGCGAGUGCGCGAGGAUGCCCUCCUCAGUCGAGUCAAAUCAAUGGUCGAGGAGCGUCAGUGGUCCCUGAACGAGGGUAAUGUUCGUAUACUGCGCGACAUCGAUGAUCUGAAGUCGCACGUGAUGCAGCUGCGUCUGGAGCGGAAGGAGACACACAAGCGCCUGUCGCAUCUGGAGGCAGAAAACAAGUAUCUGCGACAGGCGCUGGCCAGCUGCUACAACCAGCGGCAGGCCUAUCACGACAUCAUCUAUGAAAACGAUCGGGCACGUGGAUCGCGUAAGCCAUUCCCCAAUGGCGGCGGCGGUGGUGGUAGCGGUGGAGCUGGAGCGGGGCCACGGCGGGCUCAGUCGUUCAAUCUACAUUAUGGAAUAAUGCACCAGACACCGGCACAAGCUACGCACGCGCUGGAUGAGGAUGACGAGAUAGAGGAGGAACAGCGGCAGGAGCAGAUCGAGGAGGACAACGAGGCUGCAUCGGUGACAACUACCAAGCGCCUGUCCUGCUCCAGCAGCGAGUCCCGCAGUAAUGGGAUGCCCACACCCACUAUCCAGCACCUUCAGCACUCGCAACCCUCAGCUCUGGCACAGCAGAUCGCGCAAAGCCCGCCCACGUUUGCAUUGAUUGGGGAAAAUGUGGAUCCGGAUCCCGCACUUCCGCCGCCCCUGUUGCCGCGCAAAAAGGAGCAUGCUCAGCUCAAGCGCGAACUCAGCGAAGCAUCCGCCGCACGUAAGGAGGCCAAUCAACGUAUCAUAGCACUUGAAAAAUUGGUUAAAGACCUAAGUGUGCGGGUCAAGGGCAACCAAUCGAAUUGGAAUCCGACCAUGUCUAGCACAGCCGCACCACUGGCAGCCUCCCCUGCAGCAGCAGCGGCAGCGACAGCACCAGCAACAGCGGCACCGAAAUUCAGCGUGGCGGACGGACCGAUUACGGACUUAUAGUUUUAGCAAAGAGCCCCCGACUGGAGUGCAAAGGCUAAACGGCCCCAGCGGGCAGUACGCGUCACCCACUUAUAGCAGCCGGAUCGACGGGGCGGCCAAACUCAGAAACUGCACACCUUUCGUUUCAAAAUUAUUUAUAAAUCAUUAACCUUUGCAUAGCCCAACUUCAUACCCAUACUAUAAUACGACGAGGAUACUUUUAACAUGCCAAAACUAUUUACAAAUACACUUCAAUCCAUAUCAUAAGCAAAAACCCGAGCCCUCACCCUCACCCUCGCCCUCCAUUGUAGACUCGUUUCUAUCUACCAGGGGCUCGCACACAGCUACUCGUAUGUAAAUUGUCCAUGUUUCGCGACAUAACCCACUCAAAUUGUUACUAAAUCCCCCCCGUUAUCGUAUAACUUGUAGGCGUAGCUGUAACUCUAGGCUAACCAACCUAACUGAGAAACCAUGUACCUAUUGAAAAGAACAAAAAUCAAAAGCUGGAACAUAUAGCAAUAUAUUAGCAAUGGCUAUACGAGCGAGCGGACCGGGGGCUUAUCCCAGUGCCCGGAUAACCGUAAGGAAGUAGGCCCUAAGAUUUUGUACUAGAUGAACCCAUUUAUAUUUGUUAAGUGCCAUUUAAUAAAACGGAAAAAACACUUGUAACCACACAAAACCUCCACUCCAUUCCGCGGUAACUAUUCCAUUGCAUUCUCUAGUUUCCAUCAUACAUAUAUUACAUACAUAUAUGCGCAUUUAUUUAAAACCUUUCGUCACAUAAAUACUCAUACAUAGGUUCGGUUCAAACUUAAGAAUAAAAUCUGAUCAAACUGA